AGUGCAUUUGAGCAAAAAUGAGCAAAAAUGAGCAAAAGUAAGCAAAAAUGAGCACAACCGGCAACAGAAAAAAUCCGGCUUCAUUCCUAGCUUUUAGAAUAUACCAUGAGGACGGACACAUCCACACGCAGUUCGGAUGGCCAAGAGCUGGUCGAUGUCGAUAGUUAUCGCGCGAUAGUGAAACAAGCGACGGAAUUGCGUCGCUUUAAAACUGCCCUGUUCUGGGCCGAGAAGGUCACUGUCCUCAGCAACGACGAUCCGCGCGAUGUGUACUGGGAGGCACAGUGUAUGUUUCACCUGCGGGAGUACCAACGGGCUGCGAAGAUCAUCUGUAGUCGGGAGCUGGAGAAACGCAACCUACUCUGCCAGUAUCUGGCCGCCGAGUGUAUGACCGAGGCGAAGCAGUACCAGGCCGCGCUGGAUAUCCUAAGCUCGGUGGAUAGUGAAACGCUUUCCGUGGCCACCACAACGGUGCGCGAUGAGGGCACGGAUGGAUCGGAAAUCACCGGUGGUCUUGGAUACGAUGAGCCAAACAGGAACGAAAUCUUGGCCUCGGUGUACUACCUCAAGGGCAAGGUGCUAGAAGCCAUGGACAACCGUUCACUAGCGAUGGAUUGCUACGUACAGGCCUUGAACAAAUCGGUAUACUGCACGGAAGCGCUCGAUGCCCUCGUGCAGCACGAUAUGCUGAUGGCUUGGGAGGAAAAGGAGCUUCUGCAGCAUAUUCUAGGGCCCCAGCAAUCCAUGGAACCAGAGCGAAAGAUUCUGAAGCGGCUCUAUGAGAGCAAGUUGAAGAAAUACUACGAAUCGAUUGUUCCGCUAACGAACCCUGAGCAAACGCCUACCCUGCCCGGGAAUCCCAUUAUAUGGCAGGAGUUGAAGGAAAAGAUGAAAAAUAGUAAAAAUACGGAUUUUUCUAGGACAUCGAAGAGCUUCUUAACACCGAGGCAAAAGUCAGAACAGACCAAAAUUAUGUCGCCGGCGAAAAAGCUUCUGGAAGAUAUUAAAAACACUCCAUCGUAUCUCAUUCAUACGUCGCUUACGAGAGCCUCGCUACUGGGAGGUGGCGGAUUUUCCGGCGGUUCCACAGCGCUGGGUGAUACGGGAAUAGCGAAUAACUCGACCCGCAAAGAAACCCCCAUUCGGUUCACCUAUCCACUAACAAGCGUCACUGGAGCGAGUGGCAUUCCGUAUGCUCAAUGUAUGAGUAAGCUGGAGAACAGCAUCGAUCUCUUGACGGCCGAGGCGGAGCAAUAUUUCUAUCGAAGUGACUACAAACGGUGCAUGAAAAUACUGGAUGCCAUCCUGAAACGCGAUCCGUACCACAGGCGAGCGCUAACGGUUCAAAUUGGCUGCUUGGCGGAAACGCGCGCUAUCAACAAGCUGUUCUACGUCGCGCACAAGCUAGUAGACUUCUAUCCAGAUGAUGCAAUCUCGUGGUAUGCCGUCGGUUCCUACUACGACCUCGUCGGCAAGAGUGAUCAUGCCCGUCGCUAUCUCUCCAAGGCGACCUCACUGGACCGCCUAUUCGGUCCGGCAUGGUUGGCGUAUGGUCAUUCGUUUGCGAAGGAAAACGAACACGAUCAAGCAAUGGCAGCCUACUUUAAGGCUACGCAGCUGAUGCGAGGAUGUCACCUUCCUUUGCUGUAUAUCGGUGUUGAGUGUGGCCUAACGAAGAACCCGGAGAUGGCGGAAAAGUUUUUCUACCAAGCGAUGACGAUUGCUCCACUCGAUGUGUACGUGUUGCAUGAGCUAGGCGUCAUUAAGUUUGAAAACGAACAGUACGAGAGCGCCGAGCAGGUACUGCGCAACACGCUCGAUAUGGUGCGCAGUUUGUCGAAGCAAAACGGUGAGCAUCUAUCCGUGCGCUGGGAGGCUGUGCUGAACAACCUUGGUCACUGUUGCCGAAAGAACAAGAAGUACGACGAAGCGCUGGAGUACCAUCGCUGGGCGUUGUCGCUGAAUCCGCUUAACGCCAAAACAUUCACCGCGAUCGGGUUCGUGCAGGCACUUACCGGACAGCUGAGCGAUGCGGUUGAUUCAUUCCAUAAAAGUUUAUCCCUCAAGCGGGACGAUGUGUUUACCACCACGCUACUGAAGCAGGUCAUUGAGGAUUUGGCGGAGGAGCAGGAUGUACCGUUCUUUUCCCUGGAAAGUGCCGAUGAUGAGGAGAACGUCGACAAGGAUGGCACGACGGUGGAGGAUGAAAUGUCAGUGAACUCGGUUGAAAAGCCGUCCAAUGUUCGGCCUCAUCCAAUUGCUACGGAUAACGUUCUCUUACCGAGUCGGGUAAAGUUGCGAUUCGAUGAGUGUGACUCGAAUGUGUCCGCACUAAGCGAUACGAGUGCCGAUGAUAUGAGCAUGGAUAUUUAGGAUGGGUAUUGCUGCAAGCAUGUCUUUGGUUAUCGAUUCCGAUCGCCGAGACUCUCGUUGUUUGAUGUAUUAUACUAUUGCUUAAUAUCCAAUAGAGUGUGAAAUACAAAGUCAUGUUGAUC